CAGUUCUGCUGCGAUCCACGCUCCCCAACUCCAGUUCUUCGGCGGUCCAGGCCACCCCUUCUCCAGUUCCGCGGCGGUCCAGGCCACUUCUCCAGCUCUGCCGCGUCCAGCCCUCCCUGCUCCCUUACCUCUGUGCUCUAGAAGAAAGGAAAACUGAAAAAAAAACAAAAGAGAGGACAGUGCAGAGGAAGCAAACUGGAAGUAGUGUGCGUGUGCGUGUCUGUGAAGACUGAAAGAAGCUUCUGAUUGCUGUGGCCGCGACAACACAAGUAACCCAAGGAGGAAUCCACAUCCACAUGUACGUCGUCGUUUUGGUCAAAACCACCAUCUCUUGAAUAAGAAGAAGAAGAAGAAGAAGGAAUGGCAAGCAGCAGCAGAACUAACCCGCGAAAGGAAAGCGUCGUCGUCGAUUGUGGUCGCCGCCGAACCACUUGCGGCUAUUGCAGAUCGCCCCGCCGCUCUAGCAUCUCUCACGGCUUGUGGGCGCAUAGCCUUACUGUGGAUGACUACCAAGGACUUCUUGAUCGGGGUUGGAGAAGAUCUGGAUGUUUUCUUUAUAAGCCAGAGAUGGAAAGGACAUGCUGCCCUUCUUAUACAAUUCGUUUGAAAGCAAGCGACUUUGUUCCUUCCAAGGAGCAGGUUCGUGUAUCUAGAAGAUUGCAAAGGUAUUUAGAUGGAUCCUUGGAUGCCAAAAGAGCUAAUACAUCUGAGGAUGCAACUACUUCAAAGAAAUCAGAAAGCUGUGUCCGUCACAAGGUCUCAACCCCCAAGUCAGAAGAAUCUCUAUCUGCCAGCAAGGAAGAGCAGAAUGAGGUUGAAAACAUUUUGCACCAUUUAUCAGAUCAAAUUAAUAAAAUAGUACAGAUGUUGAUUGAGAAAGGGGAAUUUCCUUCUCAUAUUGUGUUACCAAAGCCUUUAGUCAGAAAGGUUUCACAAGGGAAGAAAAAAUUACUAGCCAGUGGAUCAGAAGAUAUGUUAUAUAGCAGCAAUAUAGCAUUUCAAAUUGCAGCCUCUAUAAAAAGAACUCAUUCAGGUGACAAGAAUAGUAAUAAUUCCCAGCCAUCACAAAAUGGUGAAAAGGAAAAUGCAUCAUCUCCCAAAAUUAUUGCAGAAAAGUUAGUAGUGCCUUUAGAUCCGAUGAUGAAAAGUUCUGGGUUGUCUGUCAGGGCUUGCAAUGGGCAUAUCAAUUUCUAUGCUCCUACAGAGCAAGUUUGCCAGAGUGAGUGUGUUCAAAGUGCUGAAACUUCUAAAAAAUCUGGAAUGAAGCGUGAUAUUGGUGGAAAUUGUCUGAGUAGUCCUCAACAUUGUCAGGUGAAAAAGCGAAAGUUUGAGAUCAGAAUGAAUAGAUCCAGUUUUGAUCCAGAAGAAUUUGCUUUGUAUAGGCGAUAUCAGCUCAAAGUACAUAAUGAUAAACCAGACCAUGUCACAGAGACCUCAUAUCGCAGGUUUCUGGUUGAUACUCCAUUAUUAUUUGUUUCUCCCACCGGUGAUAGCACUGUUCCACCUUGUGGCUUUGGCUCUUUCCAUCAACAAUAUUUAAUAGAUGGCAAAUUAGUGGCAGUUGGUGUUAUAGAUGUCCUUCCCAAAUGUUUGUCAAGCAAAUAUUUAUUCUGGGAUCCAGACUUUGCCUUCCUAUCACUUGGCAAGUACUCAGCACUUCAAGAAAUAGGUUGGGUGAAAGAAAACCAGGCUCAUUGCCCUAGUCUUCAGUACUAUUAUCUUGGCUACUAUAUUCACUCUUGCAACAAGAUGAGAUACAAAGCUUCCUAUCGUCCAUCGGAGCUUUUAUGCCCACUUCGUUAUCAGUGGGUCUCAUUUGACAUUGCGAGGCCCUUGCUUGACAAAAGGCCUUAUGUUGUCUUAUCAGAUUCCUCCAUUUUAAAAAAUGGCGAUUCUUCCCUCCAUCAAGCUACCGAAGAUUCAACAGAAAGGCACCUUGAUGACAUUGACCAAGAAGAUGCAAAUGAUGUCCGAAUGGAUGAGGAUGAACAAACCGUAGACUCUGAAGAAAGCUCUGACGAUGAACCUGAACUUGAAACCACUGCAUAUGGCAACGUGGAAAAUUGUGAUGUCAGCAGAGUUUUGGUUGGGGUAGAGGGAACUUGUUUGAGAUACAGGGAUCUGCGAGAUGCCUUUGGUCCUGAGGGGAGGAAGUAUUUGGAGACCCAGCUGCAGAAAUACAAGAACGUCGUGGGUCCAGAGUUAUCUGAGAGAAUGGUCUAUUCUAUUGGAUAAUAUGAAUCUUAGCUCAUGAGUUUUGACAAGACGAUAGUGCCAAUAUCCCAAGGAAAAGAAAGAAAUAUCCUCUCCAAAUAAGUUCCAUGUGUUUUGGGUGCUCGUAUAGUGUCUUGUUUUCGACAAGACGAUGGUACCAAUAAGAAUACUAUUUAAGGUUAUAGUUUAAGUUCGUGAGUGAACCAUAAUUCAAAAUCUUGAUUCUCGUAUUGGUUGUGACCAUAUUUAUGUGGUGCUCAACUGCUCUGGGAGCAAACAACAGGUGUAGUUGAAUUUAGGCCCUUGUUUUGUCUCUAGGAGUGGUAUUGGUAACAAAAAAUCAACUGUUGGAACCCUGAUUUGGGGCUAAUAGAUUGUUUUUGUUGAA